UGAUCACAGAGCUGCAAACAAAUCGACUGCUUUUAUUUAUUCUGUUGUUUCAUUAUCAGUCCAUCAUGCGUACAGGACCUCCGCUCUUCCUGUUAUGCUAGCCCGGCCAAGACCCACUCAUAGAAAAGUUACAAGCUUUUCACAUCAAGUGCAUAGUAUGUUCGUUUCCCCUUUUAUACCAGAAUCAGGCGCAGUAAAAGUUCAAGUUGUGACAGCCACAGUGCACACAGUUACUGCUGAUUUAGAAGCUCUUCCUACUCCAGCAUCUAACGUGAUGAGCACCAGGUUCCUGAUCUCUGCUCAGCCCAGGUCGAUCUGUUACGACGUUCCGGUGGGGCAGAAGAUCAGAAUUAAGUCCAGCCCCAACUUAAACUUCUCGAUGAUCGGCCAGGUCUCACAGAAAGGCUUCGAUGCCAUUAUAGUUAAUACCAGAAGAUCCACUUGGAACUUCACCUUCAAGGAUGAUAUAAUCAACACACAUCGUACUAUAAACCUGUACAGUACGGAUGGCAAAACCGUGAGCUUAAUAUAUUUCACGAAUAUACUACUUGUCAGUGAGGAAUGUGUGAACUUCACCAUCAAGUCAUUCAAGCAUGAUGGAGACAUGUCCAUGUGGCCAGAUGUUAAAUCAUCAAACAAUAGCGCGGCAUGCAUUCUGGAGAAAGGAAACGUGCAGUAUGAGGAGUUACCGGGAUCAAGGAUCAAAAUUGGAAAUGAAGAAGUGGUGGCAUCACUGAGCAAUGCCACUGAUUACCGGAUCUCCUCCGCUCCCGCAGUUGAAUGCUGGCUUGUACCGCUCCAGUUUGUCCUGCAGAAGCACCUUUCUGACUUUACUAUAUAGUUCCAGGCUGAAUAAAUCACUCUCAGUGCUGCUGGAUCUGCUCUCUGAAACUUAAAAUGUAAUUAAACAAUGCUAGAAAUCA